UUGGCGUUGGCGUUGGCUGUAGCUUGUUAACUUUAGUGCAUUUGUAACGAUCGGAAUCUACUGUGUUUAAGUUAGAUCGUACAAAUAGGAAAAACAUGGUUGUUAUAUUUAAUAUGAUACCGUGGACAGUACUAUAUUUAUUCAUAUCGUUUAACCGACGUGUAAUUGCAAUGGACAAACAAAUGGAGGAACCAGUAUGUACAUCUAGAUUCGACUACGAAUAUAAAAUGUUACAUAAAAUGGUGAUGCUGGAAAUAGAACAAAACAAAUUAAAGGAAUUAAUGGCAGAAAUGAACAAGCUACCAAACAUACUUACAGAAGAGAGCCUUCAAAAUCGAGCAACAGUUGGCCGUGUAGAAAAAAGGCUGAAAGAGAUAGAUGCAAAAAAGUCGUUCAGUGGGACAGGAAACACAUACGUCCGCUGGGGAAGAACAGAAUGUCCCGGAAAUGGGACAGAAAUGGUGUACAAGGGGUAUGCCGCAAGCAAUUAUUUAUGUUUACCGGAGGAACCAGUGUGGGGUGUGUACGAAGAUUCAGAGCAGACAGCUGGGACGGUCUAUGGAGCAGAGUACGAACUGUAUAGUAGAAAUAUGGAUAAGUUCUUUGGAAAGGCCUUGGCCAACAACGAUGUGCCAUGUUGUGUCUGUAGGACAAAGAGACCAAGUGUUCUGUUUAUACCAGGUCGAAACAUCUGUUAUGACGGAUGGACGUUGGAAUAUAGCGGAUAUCUCACCAGUGGACAUGACAGCCAUCAUGCAACCGAAUUUGUUUGCCUUGAUGUCAACCCAGAGAUUAUAGCUGGAGGAGUAUCUGAUGUCGAUGGAAAGCUGUUCUAUUUUGUUGAGGCACGCUGUGGGUCACUGCGAUGUCCACCUUACGUGAACGGACGUGAGCUUACAUGUGCUGUGUGCUCAAAAUAA